AUGGAUCGACCUAUUCCCCAGAGACGACGUAGCUUCAAGAUCAAGACCAAGUUCGGUGCUGCCCGCCAAUGGAGAAGCCGCAAGAAUCCGCCCUGUGACACCUGCCGCCGGCGCAAGACUGCCUGCAUUAUCGAGACUGUUCCGCCAUGUCGGUUCUGUCGAUCAAAAGGCCAGGCUUGCAAGUCGACCGAUGGCGGUUCCAUUCCCCCAUCGCGUCAGAGAUCGCGCGACACCGAAACGACUGAAAACAGAGCCGUCGACACGAGUUUCACCAGCAUACCAGCACUUACAUCUCCCGAAAGGUUAACUACUGAUAUAACUUCACCUGGGAGCCGGACCGAGGCAGCUUCGCAGACGUCGCCUGCAACAUACGUCAGCGACAACGGUCCCACGGUUGACACCCUUGAAGACAAUGAAAACCGGACCGCGCACUCUAUAGGCCUCGCCGGCGAGCAAGACACAGACCUGCUGGCAUCUUUCAGGUCUGUGAUCACCAACGAGAGAGAUGGUAUAAGCGCAGACGUCAUCCAGGCGAGUGCAGGAGACUUGGAUACCGCGUUUCCAGUCCACUUUAACUUGUUAAUGGACGAGUUCCAGCCGGCCGACGAUGUAGCAAAGCAAAGAAUAUCUAACGAGAUCGAGUCCAUGGUAUCACCACACGGCAAAACACUGGUUCGACUAUUCUUCAAACAUGUCCAUCCGGUCUAUUGCGUUGUUUCCAAAGGACGAUUCUUGAAGGCAUACCUAGAAGACAAGAUGAAGAUUCCGGCGUCACUACGAGGUGCUGUGUAUGGACUGGGUUCAACGUUUUGGAAGCACGACCCAGACGUCGAGGGCUCUCUGCAGUUCGACCUGCAUGACCUCUUCGAAGCGGCCCAAUCAUGCCUGCAGCGGGAACUACAUGCCCCAAAUUUGUGUGGAAUCCAGGCUUGCUUGCUUCUCUUGUAUGAACGGCCAGCGGAUAAUGCUACGAUUGAAACGCCAAGGACAUGGAUAUUUACGUCCCGUCUUGUUGCAUGUGCACAGAUGGUUGGACUCCACCGAGAUUCGUCUGCGUGGCACCUUGUACCGGGAGAGAAGAAGGUGCGAAAGAAAUUAUGGUGGGCAACCUACAUCAGCGAUAUUUGGUCAUCCGUGUGCCAUGGCAAUCCCCCGCUAGUAUACCCAGGUUCCUUUACCACAUCCCCGCCGGCCAUGGACGACAUCGCAUUUGGCGAAGAGGUAUCUGCAGAUCUCCAGAGUCUGGUGGAUUCCUCUAGCCACACUGUUGACAUAUCUACGAGUGCGCGAUUUUUGGAGAUGGUCAAACUAAGCCGGAUCCUGCACGAGCUGAUUGACUCUUACUAUCUGGAUUCCAUUUACCAACAAACAAUCGCCCAGCCACAGCUCAGAGAAGCCAAUCUUCUCGGUAUCCAGCGUGAUCUCGAGGCUUGGUCAUCGAUGGUUCCCAACUGUGUCACCAUGGCAUACAAUGCAGAUACUGCUAGUGCCUUUCGCAACAAUGGUCCAUUGAAUCUAGCUUAUUUCGCGGUUCAGGCCCUUCUCUUCCGCGCGUUGAUGAGCCCUGCACGGAUGUAUGCCAAAUCCGACCCAAACUCCUCCCUUUGCCGGUAUUUCGACUCAGCCGUCAACGAGUUCCGCAACUUCACUGUGUUCAUGGGCCGGAUUACCAGCGCGUGUUUGCAUGCCUUCUGGGGCGGUCGUACGUAUUGUUUCCCGAGUGCUUGA